AAAUAGUAUAAAAAAGUGUUCAAUGAAAAAACUCAAUUAAAGUAUAAAACGAAACGAAAAUAUUAAAAUUUUAAAAUUGUAAUAAAAAGAAUAAAACGCACGCGAAAAAAGGAUACUAACCCAACCACCCCCCCCCCCCCCCCCCCCCCACACACACACACGUGUUCUAAAAACAUUGGAAGUCUUAAGAGGACAAAUUAAAAAAAAUAUUAUAAAUUAAACAAAAAUGGAACGUCAUCGGACAUUGGAUUCAUCAAUGUCAUCCCUGUAUUCGGGUUCAAAUGUUUCACAAACACCCUCACGUCAGCUGGAGCCCUCUAACUAUCAUUAUCCCACAUCAUCGACAGCACCAUCACCCACUCCCAGUGGAGCUGGUGGUGGACAAUUGAUGCCUUCCAAUCAUAAUCAUAAUGAUACUUUGGGCAGUGGUGCUAGUACAUCAUCACACAGUUUACGCGCCACUACUAUAGGAACAGUGGUGGUACGUUGCGGUCCCAUACAGUUGGUCAUUGCUCUAUUGCAAAGUACCGAAAAAUUAUAUAUAAAAGUUGUGGAACUUGAACCAAAGAUUACAACAUUAGGUGCUAAUCUUGAUGAAUCCAUAAGACUACAGAAAGAACACGAUGAGACUCUUAGGAAUAUACAGAAUUUACCCGGACCCAUGGAAGAAUUUGUACACAAAGCCGAUAAAUUACUGGCCAGUAAACGUAUCAGUUCGGAACUAGUCAAUGCCAUGGCCGAUACCUUAAAUAUUAUAUGGGGCGAUAUUUUACACCUGCUACAAGAUCGUCAGAAUAUUUUACAUUUAUGCACAGAAUUCCAUGACAAAAUGGUGCAAUGUCAGCGACGUAUGGAUCAGUUGGAGGUGGCCUGUAUAGACACCAUGAUACCCAUAGAAGUGACAGCCGUACAAGAGUUCCUCAACAAAUUCAAACAACUGCGCAUCGAUAUGCUGACAGCUGUUAUGGCCGCCCUUAAAGAUGGCAAUGAAUUGUUGGCACAACUUCAAGAAUUAGAAAAUAUGGAGAGUUUAGACACACGACCCGAGCACAUAAAACGUGAUGCAACACGUUCGGUACAUCAAGUACAACAAUGGUUGGAGGCUUUACACGAUCGUCGCAAUGCUUUGGAAAUUGCUUGGCAAACGAGAAAAACACAAUUAGAACAGUGUUUGGCCUUGGCCCUGUUGGGAAGAGAACUGCUAGAGGUGGAGUCUUCAUUGCAGCAGCAGCGUAAUGAGGUUACCUCAAUGUUUAGUUUGGGCGAGUGUGAACAUACUGCCAAUAAUGCUUUGCACAACUAUAGGGAAUGGAAGCAACAGGCUCUUUUGUUAAGAGAUCGUGCUUUAAAAAUAACUAGGGCCAAAGAAAAACUGCAGGCCUCGGGUACUUUUACCGGAGAUGAGGCUUGUGCUAGAGCCUAUAAUGUUUUAAGUGCCUGUACAGAACAUUUAGAUUUAGUGGAUCAGCGUGAACACUGGUUGCAGCAAUCUCGUGAUUUCUUCUCUAAAGCCGAUAAUACUCUUAAGGUUUUAGAAAAACUAGAAGUAGAAUUAUCUAAUGUUAAACUGCCUCCCAAUUCACCCGAAAGUUUUGCCAUGUAUGCUAAAGUCCACAGGGAUGUGGGUAAUUUUACGGAAGAACCUUUAAGAUUAGGCUAUAGCAUACUAGAUGAGGUAGGACGUACACAACCUGAGACACAGGGCAUUAAGAGGGUAUUAGAUGAAAUAGAAAAUCGUAAAGCCUAUAUAGAGGGCAUUUGUGCCAAUAGUAAUGAAGAUCAACGACGAGUUCAACAGGCUCUUAAGGAAUUUUUGGCACAAUACAAUGAUCUAUUGGAAUGGCUAAUGUCUUCGGGUCAAUUGUAUUUGCAACAAAACAUACACAUGGGUCGAAAUCUCGAACAAUCCAAACAGUUCCUAUUGCAGCAUCAUGAACUCAUGCAGGAUUUGGAGAUCAAGGGCGAACUUAUUAAUCUUUUACUGGAAUCCAUUAAAACCCAUUUGGAAUCUUUAAGUGCUCAACAGCGUUACGAUGUUGAUUCCAAAGCAGAAUCUCUACACAAACAUUGGAUUGAAUUGAAAGAUUUGGUUUUGAAACGUGUCGAUUGUGUUUCGAUUUUAAUCGAAUUCUUCGAAAAAGCCAAUGAAUUUGCUAGUCAAUUGGAUAAUUUGAAACGUCAGCUGGCGCAGACGCCCAAUGAACAAAAAUUGCAAUUUUUACAGGAAACUUGGCAGAAUAUACGCAAUGAUUUUAAUGAUUUGAAAAAUUUGGGAAAUCGCUUUUUGCACUGGAAUAUUUUGGAUCCAUAUCUCGAUACAAAAUCCUCAGCAAAUGCUGUCGAAGACAUCCUAAAUGGUUUUAGUAAGCAACAGAUCGAUGUAACAACAAGUUUGGAAAGUUGGACAACACAUAUAGCGGAAAAACGUGAAGUUGAAACUAUAUUGGAAAAGAUCAUGAGUGAUAAUGCAGAGACCGCUACCAAAACCACACACGUGGAUACCCAAUUGUAUCCGAUAUUUACUUCAUCAUCUGUUGAUGCCAAACAACUAUAUGCGACCACCCAAGAUAAAUUGAAAUUAGUGCUGCAAGAUAUCGAUCAGGCACAACACGAAAUACAAGAACGUGUUCACACCACACUCGCUAUUCAAACGAAAGAUCCGGAAUCGAUGCAAAAAAUCGAACAGGUUAUUAGCAAUCUACGAACCCUUAAAGCCAAACUUGAUGGCAUACGUUACGACUACAAAACUUUGGUAGAAAGUGUUUUACAAUUUUUAGAAAAUGUUACGAAAAUGCGCUACGAAAUCGAUAAUUAUUUCUUAAAGCAGCAGCAACAAUACCAACAAAACAGCAAUGAUGCCAUCGAAAACGUUGCAAUAGCCGAACAUGAGAAAUUCCGUGAUAUGGUGAUGGAUAAAUUUAGAUCGUUGAUCACACAAUCAGAACUAUUGAUUGAUCGUGUUAGAGCUUUGGAGCCACCAGGCGCCAAAGAAAUUGAUACUGAUCGUAUUUUGAAAUUGCUGGAGAAUUUACGCAUCUAUUUUGAAUCUUCGAAUAGCGAGAGAAUGUCUUCAUUGGAACGUUUGGAAAAAUUGGAACAAUUAAGUGAUAUCAUGGAUAUCAAUCGCAGUUUGGAUAGUGUUUGCAAACAUUGCAAGAGAAUCAAUAAUCAAAGUGUUGACAGUUUGGCAGCAGCCAAGACGACAUCUUUGGCAUUUGAGUAUUUUGAACGUACCAUAGAGUUGCUCGAAAAACGUAUAGAGAAAUUCACCGAAACAACAACACAACAAUUAUUGAUCUCAAAUCCCGAAAGUGAAUCGUAUGUGAGAGAUGAAUUGAGAAAAUUAAGUGAUAAAUGGCAACAGUUUAAGGAUCAAGUUAAAAAUAAACGCAAGUCACUAGAUCAGGCAACAGAUUUCUUUGAGAUAAUAGAGAAGAUCGAUGCUGAAUACCAUGAAAUUAGUUACUUUUACAAUAGUGUUUCCAAUAAAAUCACCUAUUUACGUGAUCCGGUAGAGGCCUCUAAUCUAGUGAACGAUAUUGAUCGUUAUGUUAAUGAACGUGAAGCUCCUUUGAGAAAAUUAGACAAUGCUGCUAAAUGUUCUCAUGACAUGGGUAAGGUUUCUCAAUUGUACAAUGAUGUCAUGACGAUUUUCCAAUCGUUUAUGAAACUUAAAUCUGAUAUAACCAUUGUACAAGAACGUCUUAAACAUGAAGAACGUGCCAAAGAGCAGCGUGAGAAAGAGGCCAGAGAACAAGCUGAACGCGAGAAAGCGGCUCGUGAGGCAGAAGCACGUGAGGGAGCUGCUCGCGAAGAAGAAGCACGUCUACUAGCAUUAAAAGAGCAAGCAGUACGUGAACAAAUUGAACGCGAGAAAAUGGCUCUCGAAUUGGCAGCUCGCGAAAGAGCCAUACGAGAAGAAGAGCAACGUUUAAUGGCCGCCAAAGAGCAAGCAGCACGUGAACAAGCUGCUCGUGAAUUUGCUGCCAGAGAAGCAGAAGAGGCUCGCUUAAGAGCUUUACGUGAAGAAGAGGCUCGUCUUCAGGCGGCACGUGAGCAGGCUCAACGAGAACAAUUCGCUCGUGAGCAAUUGGCACGCGAGGAGGAGCAAGCACGUCUUAAAGCCUUACGUGAAGAAGAAGCUCGUCUCCUGGCUUUGAGAGAACAAACCGUAAGAGAAGAAGAACAACGUUUACAUCAAUUGAGAGAACAUAAGCGCGAAGAAGAAGCUCGCCAGCAGGCCUUUAAGGAGCAAAUGAAACGUGAAGACGAGGCUCGUUUGCAGGCGGUACGUGAUCAAAUCGAUCAUCAACGUUUAGUCACCGAAAACAUACGUAAAGAUGUACAAAUUAACCACAUCUUUACCGAAAUCAAAUACUCUUCCCCCCAAUUCACCAAACAGCUUAAAGAUGCCGUUACACGUGAGAAUGAUAAAUUCACUUUUGAAUGUGAAGUUACUGGUAAUCCCGAGCCCACGGUAGAGUGGUUUAAGGAUGGAAUUUCCAUACAAAAUAAUCCCGAUUAUAAGACCAGUUUUAACAAGGGCAUCUGUCGUUUGGUUAUCGAAGAGACUUUCGCUGCAGAUUCGGCUAGAUUCACUUGUCGUGCUUCUAAUUUGGUGGGUAAUGCUGAAACCUCUGCCAAUCUAUCGGUACGUGAAAAUGCUGCCGAGAUCCAAAUGAUUGCUCCACGUAUUGUACGUUUCUUGGAGAGUGGCAAGGCUAAGGAGGGUUCUUCUUAUGAGUUCUCCUGUGUGGUCACCGGCAAUCCCUUGCCAACUGUUCAGUGGUAUAAAAACGAUAAAUGUAUUGAUGAUUCACCCGAUUAUGUAAUCAAUUAUAAUAAUGGUGAAGCAAAGUUGCGUUUCGAGGAAGUUUUCUUGGAAGAUGAUGCUGUUUACACUUGCAGUGCCUCCAAUCCAGCGGGUAUUGAACAUUGUUCGGCUAGUUUGAUUGUGGAACCUUUGGAACCCACAGAAAUGCCCCAUUUCAAAAUACCCCUCACCAAUGCUAUGGCUCGUGUGGGUCAAAAGAUUAAAUUGGAAGCUUUGAUCGGUGGUAUACCACGUCCCGAUAUCUAUUGGUUACACAAUGGCAAACCAUUUUAUCCCAGAGAUAUUAAGUAUGAAUACGGUCGUGUAACGGUUAUAAUCCCGCAAGCUUAUCCCAAAGACGCCGGAGUUUAUGUAUUGACAGCUAAAAAUUUAGCUGGUGAAGCUUAUAGUUCGUGCAACGUAAACGUUAAAGGACGUCUGCCUAACGAGACAUCCGAUUCGGAAAUGGCUUCCGAUAUGGAUGUAGAACCCAUCAAACCCUCUGUACAAUUGGCCUUGAAAGAUGUUUCGAUAUUCGAGGGCAAACCAGUGCGUUUGGACUGUGUUAUUGUGGGCCAACCGGAGCCCGAGGUGAUUUGGUAUCAUAACGAUAGACCCGUGAAAGAAUCGGCCGAUGUACAGUUGCUGUUUCAGGGUGACAAGUGUUCGUUGAUCAUACAAGAAGUGUAUCAAGAAGAUGGUGGCAACUAUAAGGUAGUGGCCAUCAAUUCGGCUGGUGAAGCCUCUAGUAGUUGUGAGCUGAAAGUGACCCCCUUGAAUAUAGCCGAACCGGCCACUAGGGCCCAAUCGGAAAGACAAUCGUUGGUCAAAGAAUUGGAACCUAAAUUUGAGAAAUUCCUUAGUGAUGUUUUGGUCGAUGAAGGUGAAACUGUAGAAAUGGAAGUAAUGACUAGUGGUGAUAAGCCCAUGACAGCCAAAUGGUUUUUAACCAAUAAGGAAUUAACCAACACCGAUCGUUUCCUAAUCGAAUCCAAUCCCAAUGGUGGAGUCUUCAAAUUAACCAUCAAAAAUGUUAACAACGAUGACAAAGGAGUUUAUACCGUGAAAGUGUGCAAUAGUGCUGGUGAAGCUAAAUGUUUCUCCCACUUGAUUGUAAAGUCGGUGAAUGCUCCCGAGAGCCAACGUACGCAACAAGUGGAGAUUGUAGAACAAAAGACCUGUCCCGAGUUCAAGGAAUUGUUCUCCGACAAAACUGCCAAUUUGGAGGAUUUGGUGAAAUUCGAGUGUAUUGUUAAAGGUAAACCCACUCCAAAGGUACAUUGGUAUUUCAAUGAUCAACCAGUGCAUGGUCAUAAUUUCCUGGUUUCCACUAGUGGUGAACGGGAAGUUUUGACCAUUCAAAAGGUAGGUCCCGAUACCGUAGGCAAAGUAAGUUGUGUAGCUGAAAACGAUGUGGGCAAGGCAACUUGUGUAGCAUUUUUGGGUUUGGUCGGCUCUGGCCUAGAAUGUAUGCCGGCCCAGAGUAACAUGCAAACCAUGACUCAAGAACACAACACCGAUUCGUCACGUGUCACCAUUAAGAAGCAAACAUACACAACCACUUCCACCUCACAAGUCAGUUCGUAUGAGGGCAAUAUGCCUCAAACCGAAAUUCACCAUUCAUCGGCUCAUAUCGAUCAGUCAUUGAAACAAUUGGGUGCUCAACGUCCCGAAAUUAUGGAGUCACAUCAUUAUCAGGAAUUACACAAAUCAAAAGAUAUGUCUUCACCGCAUGUCCAACAGAAAUCAUUUGUACUUGUCCAAUCGGCCGCGAAUGGCUCCACUGCCUCAAACGCCAUUGUACCCAGUUCGCCCACUCGUACACGUCGUGAAAUUGCGCCUCGUUUUACUACCCCUCUAACUGGUAAGAUUGUUGACCAGGGUGCUGAUGUUAGUAUGGAAGCCAUUUAUGACGGUUUUCCAUCACCCGAAAUUAAGGUCGAGAAAAAUGGUGCCCAACUCUUUGACACUGAUCGUUUAAAGAUUGGCAAUAAGUGUAAUCGUGUUACCAUCGAUCUAAAAGAGGUUAAUGUUGGCGAUGCGGGUCGUUAUGCUGUCACCGCCAGCAAUACCAUGGGUCAAUCGACCAGUACAGCCGAUUUAGUAGUCAAGAAAACCAUCUUCCCGCCCGUCUUCGGCAGACGUCUGCAAGCUCAAGUAGUUAAAAAGGGUGAAAAAAUAAUAAUGGAAGUAGAGGUGACGGGUUUGCCCGAACCCACAGUGGUUUGGAUGAAAGAUGAAAAACCUUUGAAUGAAUCGGGUCUGUCACAACAUAGACUACUAACACAAGGCAAUACGCAUAAAUUGAUCAUCGAAAAGGGACAAGUUAGCGAUUCGGGCAAAUACAUGGUUAAGGCCACCAAUGCGGGCGGCGAAGCCAAAAGUAUUGCCGAUUGCGCUGUCUUGGAGCCCACACCGGAACGUAUGCAAGAAGUGGUGAAGACCAUUGUCUAUGAGACGCCCAGUGAAUUUAAAUCUGAAACGCUUGCCAAAGAACCACAGUCGUUCGAAACCCAACAAUCUGAAAUAACCACCUCCAACGAUUUGCAUGGCUUAUCUGAGUCAAAGAUCAUAACUGAGCAUCGUUGCACUACCGAGGCAACCAUGCGUCUAGAACACAAAUCCGCCUACUUAGAUUUGCCCGAAUUACAACAACGUACUAGCAACAACAACACCACUUCAACAGUUCCCACACAAAACGAGAUUAAAACUAUACCAACAACAACAACAGCAACUAGCACCAACCAAUACACUACUACCAACAUCCCCAUUAACCAGGAUGUAACUGAUUUCAGUCAUCAGUUGGAACAAUUAAAAUCACUUUCAUCCAAUUUUGAAAAUAUGCAGACCAAGAUUGGUUAUACACAAACCCCACCACCAGUACCACCUAAACCUUAUCCACCAGUAACUGCCACUAUAGUACCGCCCGUUAAUGAAAGCUACAACACCAGCUUCAUGAACUCAACCUCAACCAGCAGCGAAAAGAAAUCCUCUUCCUUUGAGUAUUUCAAAAAAAUCGAUGAGGUUAUUAAGGAAACACCCAAAGAGGAACAAAAGUUUGACCACAAACCCUUAAAGGUGGAAACAAAGAAACCUUCCUUCAAUUUGGCAGAAGAUUUGAAAAAUUUGAAUCUGAUACCGGGUUCGCCACCCGAAAUUUGUUUCAUAGCCGAUGGCUCUAAACCCAACAAACCCUCUUUAAAUGAUAAAAUACAAAAACUAGAAGAAAGACAAUUGAGCGGUAAAGAGCCUCCUCAUGGUGGUAUCUCUAUAUUUCCACCUCAGACACCCACUAAGGCUGCCAACACAGCUCCUACAUUUGCUCCCAAUAUGCCUUUGGCUUCGGAGACCUAUAGUCAUGAUACUACUCUAACGAAAUCGGUAAAGGUGGAAUAUGGCCAACCGAUCAUGAGACCUGCUGCCACUUUACCCACACCAGCCCAACAAUUUACACGUUCGCCUUCUCCAAAACCCUCUGCAGAGGGUUUGGCUAUGUCUAAACUCUGGACUCCCAAUCAUGUAAGUGGUUAUGAAAGUUGCACCAGUGAGUUAGAACAAUAUAAUGAUACGAAAUCCCAAAAGCAUGAAAUUAAAGAGAUAAAAAUACAAAAAUUACCCACACCCACGCAAGAGCUAAGUGCUCCCUUCCUAGUCAAGCAGGUAACACAAUCGAUACCCAUACCCCAAGCACCCAGAAGUAAAACACCCAUUGAUGGUGUCGAACUAAAACCAGGAACUCCACCAGAAAUUUGUUUUGCUGGACAACCAGAACAAAGGCGUCAAUCUCUAGUCGAAACUAUGGAAAGAACCCUAGAACAAAAUCUCAUACAAGGAGGACCCUCUAGGGUUUUACCACAUUCAGUGCCCACCAUAACACCUCAAAGCACGAAAGCCCACUACAAACCUCCACCACCCGUGGUACCUCCUAAACUGCAAACACCUCGUGGUGAAUACUAUGAAAGUGAUUAUGAAAGCGAUCGUUGGAAGUAUAGUGGCAGUGAAUCGGAUGAAAAUACAUUGCGUCCCGCUUUGAAACCCCAUCAGGGUGCUUUCAAAACCAAUGGUUAUGCUGCCGAUACUGAAGAAAUAUCCAGUUUUUCUAAAAUGGAAUCUUCCAUGAUGGAAAAGAAAUCCUAUUAUGAAAGUUCCUCCACUUCAAAUGCUACGGGUCCUGGUCUCGAGCAGCAACCCCCAGCCCAACUUUACUUUAGCUCCUCGAAUGCCAGCCAUCAUAAUGGUCCCGAUAAACAGGAAUCAUUUGCUUCGCAAGAAAAUAAAUAUCAUCAUGAGGAUAAGGAUUAUAAGGUUACAUCGAUGACCAAAAAUAUUGCCUACAAUAUGUCGUCGUCAUCCACGACUGGACCCAAAUUCCAGUCGACACCUAUUAAAGCACCAGUAGCACCUAGUCCUAUACCAGUGCAACGUAAGACACCAGCAGAAUUCAGUGACUAUAGCAGUGAAAUUGAUGAACGCUUCCGUUCUGUGUCACGCAAUUGUGAGUCAGAGAGUGAAAUUAAGGGCUAUCGUGUAGUAUUUCCACCUACACCAGUACCCAAGACGAAUGGUCACAAAUCGCCUGUAGUGGUGGUAACACCCUCACCCAUGGAAUUUGAGUCCGUGGCACCAAAACCCAAGUUUGAACCCAUUAGACAAGAGCAAACAAGGCAUGAGGUUAAAACCGAAACUAGUAAGCAAUUUUAUAGCUCUAAACAGCAACAACAACAGCAGCAAACCCAGCAAGUUUUCAAGCCUAAACCAGUAGCUGCUAAGUUCUUGGCUGCCGCCCAACAGCAACAAACACCUCCACCACCACAGCCUCAAUUUAGGCCACAGCCCCAAUAUCAGCAACCUGCACCUAGUGCCCAACCUACCAUGUAUUACAAUGCCAUAGCUGGAACUCCUUUGCAUAUGGCCAAAAUGGCUACUGAAACCAAGAAUGUUAUGCAAAUGAAAGAGUCCUCCGAGACCUGUCAACGUGUGGUGAAUAUGCAACAAACCAAACGCGUUAUACACUUCGAUUCCCAAAAGGAAGAGUCUUCCUCACACAUGCACAGCUAUGGUCAGCAGCCUCAGCAGCAGCAGCCAGCCCAAUUGGAACCUUUCCCUUAUAGUCCCACACCAUCACCACGCUGUACCCCAGCUCGUCAACGUGUACCACCACCUCCAACGCCCACAAAGUUCGUACCCGGUGACUUUAGAGAAUCUGAUUAUGAUAGUGAAAUUGAGAGUGCUAAAAUUGCACCCCUCUGGACUCCCAUGGGUGAACAGGGUCCUCUACGUUUUCGUCAUGUAGAACCACCACGUCCUGGUCGUUCCUGCAGUCUGCCACGUUCCUAUGAACGAGUACUCUCACCCAUGGAAUUUGAUCGUGGUCCUGAAAUGCCCUCCAAAAUUCAGGUAGAUGUUAAUGCUUUGCGCCAACAACGUGGCAGUAGUGUCAAUCCUCGCACCCAAUCUCUUAGUCGCCACUCGUCUAUGCGCUCCAAUCAACAGAACUAUCAAUCCACUCUGUACGAACAAGAGCAACAACAAAACUUUUCUCGUGAUGAUAUGAAUCUCAAAGUGGGUUCUCCACCCCGUUACGGUUAUAUACAAUCUCAGGCCGAGGAGCAGGCUAAGACUAUGAGUUCCACUUUUAUGCAAAAGUCACACAAGUUUGUCGAAGAUGUUCAAGAAGAUCUACACAAGAUGAGCAAAACGACUCUGGUUAAUGGAUCCUCCACCGAGCCACGCGUUAUUACACACAGUUUUAGACCCGGUUUUAAGAGAGCACCCAGUGAGGGUGACAACAAGCCUCAGGCCUAUCGUGAUGAGUCCAGAGUUUCACAAUACGGUACGAAAUGUGUUGAUCCCAAUACCGGUUUAAUUUACUUUAAAUAUGAUUUCGGUUAUGAAUUCGGUAUAUUAUUCCCCGGCGAGGGUCACAAAUUUGUGGCCAACAAAUGGAAUAGCUCGCAGUCAUCAUUACCCCCGACUACCUCGCAACAGUUAAAACAAACGGGUCGUAAGUCACCUUAUCCCCUACCAGGUGGCCGUGAUUUAGUUAUACCCGUUCGUCAUGAACGUUCCACAACCUCAACACCGACCCCUUUAUAUAGCUCACAGUCGGGUAGCGGUGGCUAUUAUUCAGAUACAGAAACCACCAAACACACUAGAGGUCCUUCGUAUAAGAUGACCUCACCGAAUGUUUCUUCUUCUUUUGCCAUGAAUAGACUUAAGAAACGUUAUAGUCUACCCAAUACCCAGGUGAUCGAUAUCAAUAUCGAUCGUCUUCAUUCAAAUGGUUCGCUACAUAAUUUACAUCGUUUACCUUAUCCAGCAGAUCUACCACAAGAUGUACCAGUUAAUGCACAUUUAAAUCGCGAUGAUUAUCCCCAAAAACCACCCAUGUUUAUAACGCCUCUUAAGGAUAGAGCGGUGGUAGCUGGUCAACAGGCCCGUUUCGAAUGCAUUGUCCAGUGUCAUCCUCAGCCCCAGGUUAUGUGGAAUAAGAACGGUUACGAUUUGGAAAGUAGUAAUAAACAUAUUUUAGAGUAUAGAAAUGGCGUAUGUCGUCUAACUAUACCACAAGCAUAUCCAGAUGAUGCUGGUACUUACUCUUGUUGUGCUUCAAAUCCCUUGGGCACUGCUACCACUACCGGGUCUCUAGAAGUAACUGGCAAAUAUAAUGCUGGUCAACGUUUUUAAGAAAAAAAAAACAUAUACAAGUUUUCAUUUUCUUGCUUUAAGUUAGAAUUAUUGUUAAAUUUAAAUUAUUACUCGCCGAAAUGUUGGUUAAAAGGGACAUUUUUGUUAACAAAACUAAAAUGUUGAGAAACAAUGAAAAAAACUAUAUAGAAUAACUUUCUUACGAAUAUUAUUACAACAAAUAAUGCAGGAGCUUUAAGCUUUGUAAUUCAAGGAAAAUGUUUCUAAACAAAAAUUAUAUGCAACAUGUUGUAAAUCUCAUGUUUCUUUUAAAAUGUUGCAAACAAAACUUUGUAAAAAGCUAAAAAACUAUUGAUGCAGUGUAGAAAACAUUUCAAUCUAAUAUUCAUUUUUACUUCAACAAUAGUGAAUUAUAGUUUUUUUUCAUUAGCAACAUGUUGCUACAGUUCUGAUUGAGGACAAAUAGCUAUUGUAAUAUGUUGCUAUAAGUUGCAAAAGUCAGGUUUACAGGCAAGUAAAACUAAAUUUUGUUAAAGAAAGUUUCUGAUAAAGAUUUGCCAAAUAAACUCAAUUAGUCUAGUCAUCAACAUGUUGCUGAUAAGUUUGUGUAGAGUAAUGUAAACAUGUUGCUUAAAUCGGUAUAGCCAACAACAUAUAGGACAUUGACAUUAGUAGUUGAAACACAAAACCUGUUAGAAAUUAUAUAAAAAUCAUCAAUAUUAGUCUAUCACACUCAAGUGCAACAUUGUUUCUCAACAUUGUAUCUCCUUAAUCAUAUGUCACCCUUUAAACCAAUAAUUUUUAAAACAUUUUUUUUUCUAACCCCCAUAAAUGUUUCUAGUGUUUUCUUCUCUCUUUUCUUUUAAUUUAAAUUUUUAUUUAAUUGUUUAUUAUUUCCAAAACAAUUUAACCAUUUAACCUUAAUAUUAUACUAUAACCCCCAGUCGUGCAAUUUUGUUCUAUUAUAUUUAUAACUAUCAAACGAAUCUUAGGUCCCUUUAAUAUUUUUGGACUUAACUAAAGAAAAGUAAAAAACGAACAUUUUAAAAUGUUUUAUUAAUGCUUUAUAAAUCAAUAUUAUUUAAUGAAAACCAAACCAAAAAACAACAACGAUGUUCAUUAAUUUUAAUCAUUAUUCUAUUAUAGUAUUACUUGUGUUUUUAACUAAAAAUUAAAAAUAUUUCAUUCUUUAUUAUAUAUUUUAUUUAAUUUCUUGUGCAUUAUUUUCAAAUAAAGGUAUUCAAACGAUA